AUGAAAUCCACCAUCACCCAAUCCCUUGCAAGCUUGAUCCUGCUUCUGUUGAUCAGCUGCGGGUUUGCCCUCUGUCAAGUCGGAACAGGGUACGAUGCAAUGUGUGAGAAGCAUAAUCCGCCGAUGCUUCCAUAUUGUUUUGAUUAUUACAAAUUCUUAUCUAUCACUAAACAAAGCUUCCCUGAUCGCAACCUCCUCCACUCAGCGGGCACGUUUCCUUCGACGGAGCGAACAGCCGACUGGGAAUUUUCACGCGGCCGGCCACUUUUCGCCUGCCCUAUAGGUCAAUGGACGCUCUGUUGUCAGCGCAGGAAUGGCCAUGCUUUACUCAAAACCUGCGACAAUGCGCCUAAGGCUACAGGCACUUAAAUCCUUCCCCAAUCUUUCACAACUCGGUUUUCGUCAGCUCUAAAUGGCGACUCCGAAGCCCGGAUCCAACAACCCUUGUAAAUGUAAUUUCACCAUAGCUUAAUCGUGGUUUUGUUAUGAAAGCUAGGUCCAGGAUUUUUACAAUAAUAGCUGGU